ACGUGGUCGACAAUUAUCCAAUAUGGCGAAGCAUCAUCCCGAUUUGAUUAUGUGUAGAAAACAACCUGGCGUUGCUAUCGGACGUCUGUGUGAGAAAUGUGAUGGAAAGUGUGUUGUGUGUGACUCUUACGUACGACCUUGUACACUUGUCAGGAUAUGUGAUGAAUGCAAUUAUGGAUCUUAUCAGGGUCGUUGUGUGAUAUGUGGGGGUCCAGGUGUAUCUGAUGCAUACUAUUGCAAGGAGUGCACUGUACAAGAGAAAGAUAGAGAUGGUUGUCCAAAGAUUGUCAAUCUUGGCAGCUCUAAGACUGAUCUUUUCUACGAGCGAAAGAAGUACGGAUUUAGAAAAAGAUAACGUUGAAAAAAAACCCAGCUCCAUACACAAUGGCUUCCUCAUUUAAACCAUACCUUUGCUCAAAAUGCAUGAACCAGAAAUGCCGCCAGCUGAAUGUAAAUGAACUGCUUAAACCUGCAUUUUUCCAGACAUUUUGAAUAUAUUUUAGCAAAAAAAAACUUGUAGGUAAUUCAUAAGUUUCCUUAAAGCAAUGAUAGAAAAAAUUCGCUCCAUCGUUCUACCUGCCAUACCACAUCCAGGGGGGUAAGAUAUUCUUAUUAAAAACCAACCCCUUUUUAAUUUUAAUGAGUAAAGUAAGGUAAUAGUUAUAUGCUGUACAAUGCACGAAAUUGAUCAUUUAUGCGAUCUUUAACCAAUACAUAUGCCUUACCUAGUCUA